CGAGCCUCCUUCCUCUUUACGCCCUGCCUCGCUGCCGCAUCAACAUCUUUCCUAUUCUUCCUUUUCUUGCCGCGUCCGUCGUUUAAUUCUGUACUUUCUUCAUCGUCACCUCUAUCUUCCUUGAUUUUAGCCUCCUUUUGCCCCAUCAAUGACAUCCCUAGAUCAGGCAGAGCAGUCUGCUCAGGCGAGUUCGUCUCAUAUGAUGAAGACUACAAAACGGGGGAGGCCUUUUCUCAAGGAUACCCUUGACCUUUUUGCGACACUCAUCGUAUCUCUUAAUCUGACCACGCACAAGCAAUAUUUUCGCACUUUCCCAAAUUCAUUCUCCACGGACGAAGCUGCUGCGAACUUGGCAUCUCUCAAGUUCUCUCAGUCAAAUCGCGGGCCGGAUCCCAGAGACAAAUCACGAAUAGUGACGACCACAACCACCACGACAUUCUCGAUGACUCGUGACAUGGCAAAGGCUAUGUGCCAACACUUCAUGGAUGCUCGCUUGAUCGAAAACGCCGCCGAUCUUGGCAGCAAUCUUUUCAAAGAUCGCGGUACUUAUGUCCUCACGCCCAAGGGUCUCCAUGUCUUGGAACGAUUCAUAUCCAAGAACGGCAUGAAUUCCGACCAUCUGCAACCCGUGUUCGCUUCUCAACCAAUAUGCAUCAAGCUAUUACACUUGGAGCGUCGAUCGGCUGAUGACGAGAUCAUCGUUACACAAUCCGUCAUAACUGCGCUCUUCCGUCGGUUUGUUGGUCGUCAGCCCAACUACCCCGCUCAGUCCUCGACCAAUCCUCCAGACGCUUUUCAAGAAUACCACGAGCGAUCCAAGGGUGUACCUUUAAUGGAUGUGCAAGAGCGCCCACAGCCUUUACUGGGCAAAGCCAUGGUCAUGCACAAGCACUGUUUCGCUGCCGUGAGCGCUCUUGAAUGGCUCUGCGACUUCACCUCCGUGGUCGGAAGAGAAGAAGCGGCAGAGAUGGCUGCUCAGUUUGUGCGCUUCGGCCUCAUCACAUUGGUUAGCGAUAAAAGGAAAAAUAAUGACUCUGCCAUCAUUUUCACUGUUCGUGGUUCUACUCCAGGUGGGAAUUCUCCAGUCAGCCAACACGGAGAGUUCCGAUGUACAGCUAAAGCUAUCUAUAGAAUCACAGACGAAGGCAAACGGCUGGCUCAAUGGGACGAAGCUACCGCAUCUCCUCUCAGCUCGACGGUGAACCUGAAUCAUACCGAGCGUUCGUCACUGGAAAGUGAAUCCAUCAAUAGUACUCCGAAGACGGGAAUUGAAGCAGCUGAUGCUAAAAUUCAUCGUCGCAUAUCCAUGGCGGAGAAGCUUAAUUCCAGUCACGAGGCUGCGGAGAAGAAAGGCAAUGUCAAGAGCAAUACCGAUCGUCUCAAAUAUAUCCUGGAAGAGCCAUCUUAUCGCGCUCUCUUCCGUGAUUUCUUGAAGGCGAACUUUUGUGAAGAGAAUCUGGCGUUUUGGAUGGAUGUCGAGGAUUUCAAGCGCAAAUUCAACACGACUUCCAGUGCACAAGCUGCAGUUCCUACUCGGUCGGGCAACAAAGCAACCCCAGGACAAGCCGCCAUGGAGAGGCAUCACGAGGCUUUGAUUCAGACUGCUUUCCAGAUCUACAACAAAUACCUCGCACCAUCAAGUCAGAACGAGCUCAACAUUGACCAUGGUCUUCGCCUCGAUCUCGCCAAUUAUCUCGGUGAAGUCAUGGUCGGCCUGCACGGCAAAUCGUUCGACGGACAAGUAGAUGCCAUUCAAGCGGGUUCUUUCAACGCAACGCAACUGCAAGUUCUGAUCAAACUAUACACGCGCAUUCAAACGCAUGUUCUUCGGUUGAUGGCUAUGGACUCGCUGCCCAAGUUCAUUAAAACGCAGCGGUUUCUGGACGCACGGCAGUUUCUGGGAGAAGGAGAUGCGCCAGGUGAUGAUGUUCAUUUCCUCACCAGCCCUCCUGCUCCUCCUGGCCUCGGUUCUGAGGAGACUGGUGGAGCUUACAUCACGGUGUCUUUGAAAGGCAGUGAGCGAGAACACCGGAAUCAAUGCAGAGACAUACCAGGAUCGCCACAUGUCUCAUGAGCGGGUGUUCUCUCCAUUUCGCUUUCCAUGGACUUAUUCAUUGCUACUCUAAUUGUGGCGUGCUUGCGGAAGGCCUUGCACGACAUCGCACAUUCAUCAUCCCGGCUGAUCACCGUAUGCUCACUAUUCAUGUUGUUUUCUUCUUCUAUCGCAUUUGAUUCCAAACCCGGGGGGUUAUCGUUCAUACUUUCUUCAUCGCCAUAAUUGUUUUCAUCUCUUUGGCAUUAUCCAGUAUAGUAUCCUGGGCCGGCUUGUCAUGCUUUAACAAUAUUCCCCAAUCCUGUCGAGCCUUCCCAUCUCAUCGCAUUACGACGGUAUCUUCUCUACAUCCAGUCCCUUCGCGGUGUACAGUCUACUUAAUACCCUACACUUACCUACUGCCUUGUUAUGUAGGUAGCACUUAAUUUCAUGGCUUCCUGUCGUAUAUCAAGCAGUCAUGUUACUUGUUGCAUGUAUGUACUCGUGGUAGAACAACUAAAGAUUGAUUGUAAAGUC